AAAUGUUGAAAUUUUUUUUUGUGGCCAGCCAGCCAUCUCACAUUCGUUAGCUGGUGAUGAGGAUGAGGCAGGCAAGCACAGAGAAUAUUUCAUCUUGCAUUUUGGGGAAAAUCCAAUCAAAUAUAUUUUUAUCCAUAAUCCUCUCACCGGCGGCGGCAUUGGCCUGCAUAUAUAUUAUAUAUAAGCUCUCAAACCCAUUAAUUAAUCCCUUCUCUAUCCUGAAUGCCUUUGCCAUUCAUCUCUUCUUGUUCUGUGAAAACCAAUUAUCAAAUACAAGAUAUAUAUUAAUCGAGUUACAGGCAAAGGGAUAUCGACGAGAGAAAGAAAAAAUGAUAAUGAAGAAGAGCAGCAUUAGCAACAACCCUCUGCAGCUCAAGUCGUUGAAUCACAUCUCGGUGGCGUGCAGAUCGCUAGAGAGAUCUCUGGAAUUUUACCAGAACGUUUUGGGAUUCUUUCCCAUCAGGCGCCCUGGCUCCUUCAAUUUCGACGGUGCAUGGCUGUCGAAUUAUGGGAUUGGGAUCCAUCUUCUGCAAUGCGAUGACCUCGAGGAGGAGGACGUUCCUGCAGCAGGCAUCACCCGCAUUAAUCCCAAGGACAAUCACAUCUCUUUCCAGUGUGAGAGCAUGGCGAUGGCGGAGAAGAAGUUGAAGGAGAUGGAGGUGGAGUACGUGAAGAGUAGGGUGGAGGAAGGAGGAGUUUACGUGGAUCAACUCUUCUUCCACGACCCAGAUGGCCACAUGGUUGAAAUUUGCAACUGCGACAAUCUGCCGGUGGUUCCGUUGCUGCCGGCGGCGGCGGCCGUGGUCGUUCGUGGCGGUGGCUGCAGAUCAUCGGAGUCCAACAUUCUGAGUCUCGGCCGGCCGUGUAGCACGCUGAAUUCAUCAACUUCAUCAUGAUGAUGAUGAUUAGCAGAUAUAUAUUACUUGGAAAGAGUUAGAAACUGAUUAAUUGUAUAUAAUUGAAUAAGUAAUGUUGUAUUUGUUAAUGCCGUUCUGCAUUGUAAAAUAUGGAUUUCUUUUCCUUUUCUAAUUUAAUUAUGUGCAUGUUAAUUAAUUAAUUGGGUAGCUGGGUUUUUAAGACUUUUUUUUCUUCUUUUUUUUUUCCUAC